AUGGACUUUCUUUCGCAGAAUCUAAGCUAUAUCCAAGUAACGCUGUCUGCUUUGCAGCUGGACAAUUCUUGUGGAAAUACAGGGAUUACGGUGACAGAACAUCAUCAUGGCAUCGAUUUGACGACGACUCUGCGCAGUGAACUGGCCGCCUUGUCGUACAAAAAGGAGCGUCUGACUGCUGAGCUGGCUGAAGUGCGCAGCGCUUUGUGUGGCCGUGAAUCGGAUGUGGAGAAUCUACGUGCGCAGGCGGCACGGCAGACGGCAUUGAUCGCAUCCCUGCAGAGUCGACUGCAGGCGGCCGAGCAGCGGGAGCAUGCGGUGCAGACGCGCUGCGAUGCCACCAUAGAGACGUUGCAGCGCGAGAAACGCUGUUCGGACGAGCGCAACAAGGAGCUGAUCUGCAAGCUGCAGCACCUGGAGGCGCACGCUGCCAGCGAGGAGUCCCACAAGGAGCAGGCCAAGGCUCAGUAUCACGAGCUGCUGCGUCGCCUGAGCGUCUGCCUGGGCCUCGACGAGAAUGUCCAUGCGUCGGCCGAGUGUGUUGUCUCCCGUGUGGAGGAGUUGGUGAUCGAGUUGCAGCGUGCCAAGGCGAAGGUCACGUCCACCUGCGAAACCCUCAGCUCUUGCGAGAACGAGCUGCUUAAUCUGAAGUCGUUGGCUAACAUUGAGAAGCAGCGCCUGAGCGCUCAGCUGGACGGCGCCGGCAACCACAAUCAUGAGCUCGAGGGUCGGUGUCGCCAGUACGAGCGGGACUUGCAAAUACAACGGGAUCGUCUCACCGAAUCGGAGAUAAAUGGUGAGAAGCUGAAGGAGGAGCUGCGUGGCUUCGAAUCACGAUGUCAUCGGCUGCAAAAUAACUUGGAUCGCAUCCAGGGCGAUCGGCUGCAGUUUCUGCGGAAUCUCAGUCAUUUGGUAAAUGUGCCCGAGCCCUGCGAGACUUUGAUCAAAGAUAAGCUGCGUGAGCUGCUCGGCGAGAAUCAGGCUUUGCAGGCGCAAUUGCACUCGUUGCGCGAUCAGCUGAGCAGCGAGCACGAGAAGCUGAAGGAGUCGCGUGAGUCCACGGAAUGCCGUCUACGUUCGAGUGAGGCGGAAAAGUGUGAGCUGGCUGAGCGGCUGGAUAAGUGCCAUGCGGAAAUACACACGCUGCGCAAGGAUCACAUGGCUCUGUCCGAGUACCUGCAGCGGCUGGCCAAUGCGCUCAACUGGAGCGAAUGUACGGCUCCACCUGCAUUGGGUGCCGACACCAAUCUUAUGGCCGAGAGCCUGUUGGAGCGUGCAGAGCGUUUAGCUGCACACUGUGACCAUGAUUUGGACAAAAGCUGUUGCGAUCAUCAUCAUCAGCACCAUCAUCACCAUCAUGCCGGCCAGGGAAAGCUGAGACGCGAACGAUCCUGUCACGAUCUGCCGAUCAAGGAGAGCAGCAGCGUUUACAAUUUGCAGCGCCGCGUGCGCGUUUUGAGGGAGCAGGUGCAACGCCGAGAUCUCCAUCUGGAGCUGCUGCGUCGCAAGCUGGCCAUCAUUGAGGACGGGGCACGGGGCAAGUGUAUGCUGCAAGGCGAACGAGAUGACGCCGUUUGCCGUGCCAAAAAAGCGGCCAAGCAAGUGGAUAAGCUGAGCGCUCAGCUCGCCGAUGCACGCACCCAAAUCGCCGAGGUUAAAGCGCAGCUGGCGGAGGCUGUGGAGUACAAGAUCACAGCACUGGAGCGUGCUCGUAAGAUUGAUGAGCUGAGCACACAGAUCUGUGAUCUGGAGGAUGAGAAGACUAGGCUGCUCUCGCAGCUGAACGCGAUGAAGGAACGCAUGAAAUCCACCUGCGAAUCCAAUCAAAAUCGACGCUGCCGUGACGAGGCGCUCAUCAAUUCUCUGCGCGACGACGUUAGCCGUCUGAGUGCCCAGCUAUCGGAUACAAAUCAACGCCUAUCGCACUUGCAGUCAUUCCGCACUUCGGUCGCUCGCACUUUACAUUUGCGAGAUCUGCCCGAAACGGAUCUGCUGCAUCGUUUGCAAGCGCUGUGCUCUGCCCACCAGGAGUUUACCCUGCUCUCUAAACGCUAUGAGACUGCCUCGCCUGUUGGCGAUCAUCCUUGUCCGCGCUUCGAUGAUCCCGUGCCACCGUCCAGCCAUUGCCGCCCACCGCGUGAUCUCAGCCCGGAGAGCAUGCAUCGCCACACCACCGCGGGCAGUGGCCAUCAUCACGACCACGCCCAUUCGCACGGACACACCCAUUCAACCCUGCAUGGUCGCCAUCAGAGGCAACGCAGCAAGAGUCGCGAUAAGCGUCUGCACGAUGAGUGCUUUGACUCAGAUGUGCAUCGCUUGCAUCACGGCUGCAAGGAUCCGUUGUUGGGCAACAAUUCGGGAGGCAGUUGUGACGAGGACUUUGACUUUAAGAGCAAGUAUAUUUAG